AUGGAACCUAACAAUCAUGAAAAUGACGGAGGUGAGGGUGAUUGGAAGCCUAGAGUUCGCAUGACAUUUGAUACAGAACAAGAAGCAUAUGAUUUCUAUAAUACUUAUGGAGGAAGGUUAGGGUUUAGUAUUAGAAGGGGUUAUGUAAACAAGGGCAAAGAUGGGCAAAUCACUUCAAGGCAAUUUGUUUGUAAUAAGGAGGGAUUUCGGGUUGUCGACAAGCGAGAUCCAUUAACAAAAAAUCCUAGGCAGGAAGUAAGGACUGGUUGUCAAGCCCGACUUGUCAUUAAGUGGGAUAGGAAUAUGCAGAAAUUUUUUGUUAGUGAUUUUGUUGAACAACAUAAUAAUAUCUUUGUACCAACAGAAUGUACGCAUAUGUUACCAUCCCAAAGGAAGAUAUCUGCAUCACAGGCAACCGAAAUAGAUUUAGCUGAAAAAUAUGGAAUCCGUCUUAAUGCUGCAUUUGAGCUCAUAGAUAACGAGGAGCAGAUUACAAACAUAUUUUGGGCUGAUGCUCAGAUGAUCAUGGAUUAUGGGCAAUUUGGUGAUGUUGUGACUUUCGACACUACUUACAAGUUAAAUAGUGCACAUAGACCAUUUGCGUCUUUUGUUGGAUUUAACCAUCAUAGGGAAACUGUGAUAUUCGGUGCAGCUUUGAUGUAUGAUGAGACCGUCGAUUCUUUUGUAUGGCUUUUUAAAAGAUUCUUGGAGGCAAUGUCAAGUAAGGCUCCAAAAACAAUUUUCACGGAUCAGGAUGCUGCAAUGGCUAAGGCCAUACCUAUUGUCAUGCCUAACACAACCCACCGCCUUUGCACUUGGCAUUUGAUGCAAAAUGCAUUAAGGCAUGCAAAUUCUAUCUUCAAGGAUAAGGCAGUGAAGGAUAAGGGGAUGAAGAGUGUUUUAUCCACGUUUAUGUACAACAUUGAGGAUGAGGAAGAGUUUACGUUAAAAUGGAAGGAAAUGCUUGACAAGUAUGAAGUAAGAGAUAAUCAUUGGUUGAAGUUAACAUUUGGGGUGAAGGAAAAAUGGGGUUGGCCAUAUGUUAGAAAUGCAUGGGGUGCGGGCAUGAGUAGCACCCAACUUAGUGAAUCCUUUAAUGCUUUCUUGAAGGAUUUCAUUCAGUCUGAUCAUAACUUAAUGUAA